AUGGCCUCUGAGGAUGUGCAAGAUGAGCAAGUGAGUGCCGACACGGAAGAGAGCCCAGACUCAGCCUCAGCACACGCAGAGGCAGCCGCCUUUUUCCGUUCUCCAAAUGACCCCGGUCAUGUAGCGACCUUGUCGACAAGAUAUUCACGCCGUUUCAGUAUUGAAGCUGCCGAAGACAGGGCCAUCACCUUCGAGCAACUGGCAGAGGUGUUGAACUACGCUCUCUCGGCCUGCGGGAACUGGCAAGAUCUGUCGGAAACAUCAAGGGAGCCCAAGGCGGAAACGUCAAAGCCGAAGGCCUUGAUGUGUUCUGGGCUUGACCACUACGACAUCGUCAGCUGGGUGCUGCGGCCACUUGCCGAGACAACGAGGUGUUCCUUUGUGGAGACGAUCGCAGCUCACGUGCAGGAGCCGGAGUGCUACCUGACUUUCUUUUUCGGCCAGCCUGUCCAAGACAUCUUGCAAUGUGUGCGGCAGCACCUUCGAACCAAACAUCUUUCUGAUGAUACUCCAUAUUGGGCAUGGGCCUAUGCACAUCGACAUGGGCAAGACGAUGUCCUGCCCGACAAGUUGCACCAUUCACCCGCCUGGUUUGCCAUGAGCAAAACCAGCGGCAUUCUGCUGGUCCUGGGCACCACAUCAGUUCCUUUCAGCCGAACCUGGUGCUUGAUGGAGAUCACUUUGGCAGUGCUGGAGCGUCAACAAGCCCUGGACAUUGCGGCGUGCUCCUUGGAGGGUGUGAAGGUGCUGACGCAGCAGCUGACGGAGCCGGAGCGCCGGACGGAGCACCGCACACCGGGCACGGGCUUCAAGCAGAAGAGCCUUAGGGAGCAAUCCUUCCCGGCUGAGAUGCUGCUAGCCGCACUCGACAUUGGCCUUGAGAGAUCGGAUGCGUCGAGCAAGCUGGAUCGUAAUCGCAUCCUUUACAAGUUCUUGGAAGAGCGAGGAGUGGAAGUUUCUGGAUCUGUUCCGCUUCAUCGCCUUCUGGAGAAGGUGAACGUGAAGCUCCGAGCUCUCUUUGCCUCUCUGAUGUGGCUGCCUUUGCUAGAGACCGACAGUGGAAGGCUACCACGUACGCGAAGUGCAUUGGCCGAUUCCAUCAGGGCAAACACCGGCAAAGACUCCCUCGACCUGAGCUUCUGCGCUUCGCGAAUCGACGAUGCGCAUCUGGCCGCGCUGGCUCGAUCCUUGCACAAGAACUUGGCCACGCUAGAGCUGAACUUCAGCAUGUGCUCUCACAUAACGGUGAAAGGUGUAGAAGAGCUGGCCAAGUGCUUGCCAGCCAAGCUUCGGAAUGUAAGGCUCAAUUUCAAGCUAUGCUCUGACAUUGGGCAAGGAGGUGUGGAUGCUUUGUCCAAUUCACUUCCUGCCGGCCUUACUUCUUUGCAGAUGAAUUUGGCCUGCAACUCCGAAAUCCGUAGUUUGGCGAGCUUGUGUCGAGGCAUUCGCAGCGUGCACUCGUUGAAGUUUCUGGACUUGGAUCUUUCUUUCGUGGAGUACUUGACCGACAAGAGCCUGUUGGCAUUGGCAGAGAUGCUGAAUGAUUUGUGCAGCUUGAAGAACCUCCUUUUGGCGUUCAAGGGAUGCAAAUCCGUUACUGAUUCGGGUGUCACGGCUGUGGUGGAAGGUCUGCCAUCUGUCACACUUCUCAAACUUGAUUUGGCCUUUUGCAAUAUUUCGGAUGAAACCAUUGAGUCGCUUGCCAGCCGCGUGCACUCCAUGAUCGAUCUUGGCGUUCUGCACAUCAGCUUCCAGGGCUGCCAGAACAUAUCGGAAGUAUCAACUGCGCACUUGGUCCACGUGCUGCCUAUUUCCUUGAAAGGCGCCAAGCUGAACCUUUGCGAGACUCCUUUGCCCAUGAACGUUCAAAAGCUGUGCAGGCGAUUGGCCACCAUGCGCACUUGGACGUGGACAGCGCCCCUCAGGGCAAGUUCUUCCUUGAAGGAUUCCAAGGAAUCCAAGGAAUCCAAGGAAUCCCAUGGUCCACAGGAGCCGCCAUUGCCGCAAGACAGCAACAUCAGCAACAUCAGCAACAGCGUCGACAUUUGCGCGGACAAGCCUGGCCUUGCCUUGCGAAGCCUGGAUCUCUUCGUGCGGCGAGGCUUUGUGCAAGAGCCGCGAAUGCCGCGGUCGAGACCGGAAGCAUCUGGACGGGAGAGCCUCUGGGAAAAGAUCGCCGCCCGAACAGUCACUUCAGACGAGGACGAGGCUCGCCUCCGCCGAACCUUUAGCGAGCCAUACAAGCGCCCUUUGAAAGCUCUCUUGCCAAAGGUUGCACACCGAGCUAAAGGCUCUAGCAUCGCUUCCAUGGCUAAUCCCGAAUGCAUGUUUUCGAGGCCACGGACAACCCAUAGCGGAUUCUCCGAGCCUGUUUGGUAUCCCUGA